GCAUGUGAGACGCGACGAGUGUUUGAUUUCUUCAAAGCAUUUGUCCAGUCAGACAUUUAAAAAUGGCAUCCAAAGAAGAAAUAAUGAGUGACCAGCGGUUUAGGAGGGUUACAAAGGACCCAAGAUUUUGGGAAAUGCCAGAAAAGGAUCGAAAAGUCAAAAUUGACAAGAGAUUUCGAGCAAUGUUUCAUGACAAAAGGUUCAAGUUGAAUUAUGCUGUGGAUAAAAGAGGACGCCCCAUCAACCACAGCACUACAGAGGACUUGAAGCGUUUUUAUGACCUUUCAGAUUCUGAUUCAGAUCUAUCUUAUGAAGAUGAUAAAGCAUUGAACCAAAAGAAAAGGAAGAAGAAAAAACCCCAGACUAACAACAAAAUAGAAUCAAAAAAUCUAGAUGAAGAGAAAAAGAGAGAAAGCAAAAAAAAUAAUCAAAAGGAUUCUGGAGAUAAAAAUGAUUUGGAUAACUCUGACAGAAUUCAGAAAAUGGAAGAGUCAUGCAAAUCUAAGAAGGUAGAUUCAAAAAUAAGUUCUAAGAAAAACAGAGAAGAAUUUACACAGAAAAGUACAACAGGGAAAAAAAACGUUGUUCAACAUAGUACAGAGUCAUGUCCCAAAGGAAAAGUAGACUUGGGCGUCUCUGAAAUUGUGAAAUCUCCCAAGCUCAAGUACUCUAAGACAAGAAGAGAAAUGCUAUCAGUGGUUUCACUAAUGGCAAGAGACAGUGAUGGUUUUGAAAACUCGACAGGUGGUAAGAGGUUUGACAAAGAUGCUCUGGAGGAAGAUUCAGAAAGUGCUAGUGAAAUAGGUGAUGAAGAAUCUGAAGAUGAAAUUACAGGCAUUAGUAGAAGUUCAACUGAUGAUGAUGAUGAUGAUGAUGAUGUUGAUGGAAAUGAAAAUGAUGAGGAGGAGGAUGAAGAUGAGGAGAGUGAGAAUGAUGAUGAAAGUGACAGUGGUCCUGAUCUUGCAAGGGGUAAAGGAAAUAUAGAAACUAGUUCUGAAGAUGAAGAAGAUAUGGCAGAUUUACUGCCAGAGGACUCUGGUUUUGAGCAUGCUUGGAGAGAAUUAGAUAAAGAUGCUCCUCGGGCUGAUGAGAUUACACGUCGAUUAGCUGUUUGCAACAUGGACUGGGACAGAUUAAAGGCAAAAGAUUUGCUGGCUUUGUUUAAUUCAUUUAAACCUAAAGGAGGUGUUAUAUUUUCUGUAAAGAUAUAUCCUUCAGAAUUUGGAAAGGAGAGGAUGAAGGAAGAGCAAGUUCAAGGACCAGUAGAGUUAUUAAGUAUACCUGAAGAUGCCCCUGAAAAGGACUGGACUUCUAGAGAAAAACUGAGAGAUUAUCAAUUCAAACGACUCAAGUACUAUUAUGCAGUAGUAGACUGUGAUUCCCCUGAAACAGCUGGCAAAAUUUAUGAGGAUUGUGACGGCCUGGAAUUUGAAAGUAGUUGUUCAUUCAUAGAUCUAAGGUUUAUACCAGAUGAUAUUACCUUUGAUGAUGAGCCCAAGGACAUAGCCUCAGAAGUGGAUUUAACAGCAUAUAAACCAAAAUAUUUCACAUCUGCUGCGAUGGGAACCUCAACGGUGGAAAUCACUUGGGAUGAGACUGAUCAUGAAAGAAUUACAACACUCAACAGGAAGUUUAAAAAGGAAGAGCUUUUGGACAUGGAUUUUCAAGCUUACUUAGCUUCCUCUAGUGAAGAUGAAGAGGAGAUAGAAGAGGAGCUACAAGGUGAUGCUAAAGUCAAUAUGGAAGAAGAUGGGAAAACAAAGAAAAGUCAGAAGGAUGAUGAAGAACAAAUUGCUAAAUACAAACAGCUCUUGCAAGUUAUUCAAGAAAAAGAAAAGAAAGGCAAAGAAAAUGAUAUGGAAAUGGAAAUUAAGUGGGUUCCAGGUCUGAAAGAAAGUGCAGAAGAGAUGGUGAGAAACAAAUUGGAAGGAAAAGAUAAACUGACCCCUUGGGAACAAUUUUUAGAGAAAAAGAAAGAGAAGAAAAGACUGAAAAAGAAACAAAAGGCUCUUGCUGAAGAGGUCAGUGAAGAUGAACUUCCCUCUGAUGUUGAUCUGAAUGACCCAUACUUUGCCGAAGAAAUUACAAAAAUAGGUAUAAAAGAAAAGAAAAAAUCAGUGAAAUCUACAAAAGAUGGCAUAUCUCCAGUGGAAGAAGCUGAAAUAGAAAGACAAAAGGCUGAAAUGGCUCUGCUCAUGAUGGACGAGGAGGAAGAGAGCAAGAAACACUUCAAUUAUAAUAAGAUUGUAGAGCACCAGAAUCUAAGCAAAAAGAAGAAAAAACUGCUGAUGAAAAAGAAGGAAUUAUUAGAGGAUGACUUUGAGGUAAAUGUUAAGGAUGCACGGUUUCAGGCAAUGUAUACUUCCCACUUGUUCAAUUUGGAUCCUUCAGAUCCUAAUUUCAAGAAAACAAAAGCUAUGGAAAAAAUCCUUGAGGAGAAAGCCCGGCAGAGAGAACAGAAAGAACAAGAACUUACUCAGGCAAUAAAGAAAAAAGAGAGUGAAAUACAAAAGGAAUCACAAAAGAGGUCCAUUGAUCCUGCCUUGUCAAUGUUGAUUAAAUCUGUAAAAAACAAAACAGAGCAGUUUCAAGCAAGAAAAAAACAAAAAGUCAAAUAG